AGCUGUAUGUUGUGCAAGCAGCGCACGCGGCGUAUACGUAACGUGCAACGUUCGCUUGUCGCGUUUUUCGCGCGCGCUCCACACACAAAAAGUCAAUUAGUCUAACACACACACACAUUUGCCUGAGGGACUUGCACACGCCCCAAGGGGGCGGCAAUGCAAUCAGCAAGUUGAAAAUAUUUUAGCAUCAUUUACAGCUGCUUUUAAGUGAUUUGCAAAGUCAUCAGCAUGCGCAGAAAACGUAAAAACAAAUGAUAUGCAAAGCAAGCAACAAAAAAAAAAAAAUCAUCAUAUGGACUGUCCUACUGCCUAUAAAAUGCAUAACAAUGUUUAGACGCUCAGUCGUUUGACGAGUGCCCACUGUACAGUGCCAAUUGCAGAAACAAAAACAAAAUAUAUAAGAAUAUCAAUUUAAAUUUGUGUAUUAACCAGCAAAGCAAUAAUUCAACACUCGCCAGCCAACGCUGCAAACCCAGCCAUGCCCUUUGGACGCAAAUCACCGCUGGAGGCGCUGGCCCUGCCUGGCGUUAUGCUUGCCUAUAAGUACAGUCAGUUCCGGCAGCGUAGACGCGAGGCGGCCAGUCGACGUGUCACGGAGCGGGAGCUGUCGGCGCUGCAUCAUAAAAUUGACAAGCUGCUGAGCAAACUGGAGGAGGAGAGCGAACCAGAUCCGCCAACUUCUCAAGAAGACGAAUGCGUCAUCUGCAUCAAUGCACGCGCCACCAUGCAGACCUCGCCCUGUGGCCAUCGCGUCGUCUGCCGUCGCUGCUUUGUCAAGACCAUACAGAGCGCUGUAGCGCAACGUCUGCUGCCGCUGCGCUGCGUCAUCUGUCGCGCGCGCGUCAAUAGGCUGACCUCGUCGUCGGGCAGCUGGCGCAUACAGGAGUCGGCCAGCAGCUACUCCAUGGGUGCCAAAAGCUGGAGCUCAGCGAGCGUGCGCGCCGGCGGCGUCGUAGCCUCCGCUAGCUCCUACUCCAUGAACGAUGCGCACAGCGAGCAUCAUGCAUUCCAGCAGCCAACGCUGCGUCGCGCAGCAGCAGGCGCCAGACAUCCCUAUCAGUCGGAUAGCUUGUACUCAAUGAGCUCCACCGGCUCGGUGGGCUCCACUUUGAGCGGCUAUUCGCACUACUCCAAGACGUCUUCCAUAACCAGCAGUGGCGCCUGCUCGCCAGCCUCGCCAGCUGCCGCAGCGGACAGAGUGCGCAGCAAUCAUCUAGCGCCGCCUAUGUCGCAGCAUCAGCAGCAGCAGCAGCAGCUGCAUUCUCCAUCGGGCUCUGGCAGCAGCAGCGUUGGCUCAUUGUCGCCGCGUGAGCCGCUGGCGCAGCACUCACAUCAUCAUGGCGGCUGCCCCAGCGGCUGCUCCGGUGCAGUGCCACGCAAGCCGCUGCAUACGCUCAGCCAAACAGCCUCUGCCUCAUCCUGCAGCUCAAGCAGCAGCAGCAGCAGUGGCGGCGGCAGCGGCAGCGGCGCAAUGACGCCUCUUCCAAUGCCCACGCACACUUAUCCAGGCAGGCGGCAUAUCAAGAGUCGACUGCUGGAUCUGCAAAAUCGACUGCCACCCAUCAAGGAGUUUCGCAGUCCUGCCAAAGUGCCACAUCCCUCACCCGUGCACGUGAGCAAUCCACGUUUUCGCUAUGCCUCGUAUACGAAGAGCAGCGGUCAUGAGCUGGCGCCACUGCUGCGUGAGUCCGCCUCGCCGCCGCCGCCGCGUCGUCCGAGUCCGAUGAACAUACAGCUAAGCUGCAGCGCUUUGGCGCCGCCGCCGCUCAAAGCUGGUGGUGCCAAGAUUGUGCCGCUGACCAGCAAGCAUGCAUUGCCCAAGAAUGCCUACGUUAUGCCCAAGGAUAAGAAGCCAGCUGGCGCAGCUGCGUCCAGCUCCAGCGCAGGCAAAUUGCCCAGCAGCGUUAAUAACAAAAGCAGCGCUGCUGCUCCUGUUGCUGCCAAUGCAGCUGGCAAACCACAUUCCAGCGCUUCCAGUCGCAGUUUUCCGCUCUUCGCUAGCAGCAGCAGCAGCAACAAUAACAACAACAACAACAACAAUAAGGAAAAGGCCGACAACAAGAAAAACGAAAGUGUUGAGCGCAAAAAGAAGGAUGAAAAACUCAAGCUGAAAGCUGAAAAGGAAGCCAGAAAGGAGGAGAAACGCCUGGCCAAGGAGGAGGAGCGCCUGGCCAAGCUGCAUGCCAAGGAGGAAAAGAAACGUGGCAAGAAGGAGGCCAAGGAGCUGUUAUUGGCUAACGAUGGCAACAAUAAGAAGUAAACUUAGUUAUACUGCAAGACGGUUUAAAUCUUUUAAUAACUAAGCGACGGCAUAUGUAUUAUAAACAAAAGCAUAUAGUUCACAUAUUCACACACACAUACCAACCAACAAACAAACAGAACA